AUGACUUUGGUAACCCCUCUGACGUCACGGGAUGAGCAAGAUGAUUGGAUAGUAGGAGAGAUCGCAUACGCCGAAACGUACAAUAUCACCCUUCAGGCUGGCGACACGGGCAUCGGCAAACGAGGAAUGCUCAUAGCUCGUUAUAACGACGGCGAAGGCCACUACUUAGGUUCUGACGGCGAUCAUCGUUAUGCUUCGGGCGUCAAGUGCUGGAACGACUACUAUGUUGUCGAACAGAACCUUUACAACGACCCUUGGCGCCAGGCCUCCAGCAAAGUUUACUGCACCAAGAGCCAGACCUGCCAGGCAACUCAGGGCGUUAACAACCAGGUCUGCGAGACCACUUCAUUCGAAAUCUCGGCCGGAAUCACGGCCGAGUUUGUAACCGCCAGUAUCAGCGUUGGCCACCAAACGCAGACUUGCAGCCAAUCGACCUCGUUAACUGCGUGCACCUGGAAUGAUCAAGGUUGCCACGUCAUUUGGAGCCAACAGCAGAUGUUGAGUCAGAAGGGGUACCAGAGACGAAGAUGCACGAGCAGCAACGGAGACUACACGGCAUGGACCAAGUUCUUGGAGAAGAAGGCUCCCACGGAGUUCAAGAAUUACGGAUGUGGAAGCUCUUGCAAUGACAGUUUCUAA